UUUCGAAAAUGAAAUUGAAAAUGAUCGUAUUGUCAGCAAACUCAGGAUUGAAGUUCUAUACUUCUCGAGGAUUGAUUGUGUUAGUCAACAGACGAGAUUUAGUUUUUAAUAUAUCCAGAGCUAGAGGAUAGAAGAGCAAGAGAAAAUCGUGAAAGUAUAUGAAG